AUGAAUCGUUUCUUACCAGAAACUCAAUCAAAGAAGGGUCAAGAUUAUCUUUCUGAUCCUCAGCUUGCUUCUGCUAUGAAGGAAGGAACUAAAGUUGUCCAUAGUCUUGCUGAAAAUAGUAUAUUUACAAAACGCUUCCUUAAUGGAACUAUUACAAAAGCUGAAUACGGUAGAUAUAUUAAUUCUUUAUACUAUGUUUACAAAACGAUGGAAGACUUACUCUAUCAACACAGAGAAAAUCCUACUGUUAAAAUGGUUUAUUUCCCUCAUGAACUUAAUCGCGUAACCUCUUUAAUAAAAGAUCUUGAACAUUAUUAUGGUAGGGAUCGUGUUGCUGAAUUAAUUGACUUUAAAAACGUUACUCCGGCUGUUAAAGAUUAUAUAAAAACUUUACAUACUGCUGCUGAAAGAAAUCCAUCUCUUUUAAUUGCUCAUAGUUAUGUUCGAUAUCUUGGUGAUCUUAGUGGUGGUCAAAUUUUGGCUAAACGUUUAAAGAAGCAUGUCCUUAAUCUAGAUGUUACUGAUCUUGCUUGGGAUUCAUCUGAAGGUCUUGAGUUUUAUAACUUUAGAAAUAUUGAAAAUCAUGCAGAAUUUAAAAAUGUAUAUCGUUCUCGUUUAGAUAAUGCUCAUGUGACACAAUCAACAAAAGAAUCUAUUAUAGCUGAAGCUAUAUACUCAUUUGAAUUAAAUAUUGCCCUGUUCGAUGAAAUACAAGCGUUAUCAGAUGCUAAUAAAUUGCAACCUACGUUAGAUGAACUUAUUACUUUAAAAGCUCACAAGAAGACAAAGAAGCUAUUACCUAAUGCUGAUUGGAUAGUUGGUUUUAUCACGGGUAUGGCUACACUUGCUUUUAGUAUUUCACUCUAUAGUCGACUCUAUGAAAGAUCGUAA